GGUGGGAGUUCCUGCAUGGCAGGAUGGGGUUGGACCCUUUUUGGGGUCUCUUCUACGAUCCUAUAUGUCGGGGGUGGUCUUUCCUGCAGCGGCAGGGUCUCCGGGGCAUGUGCAGAGUGCGGAGGCGGGAGACGUCCCGGUCCCUCUCCCUCCGUCCGCCCCGGACGUGACGCGCAGCCGCCGCCUCCAGUCCUCCUCCUCUUUCGCCGGCCCCGAGAGAGCCAGCCAAGCAGCCGAAGGAGGAAGAGGAGGACAGGGAGGACCGCUCCGCCGCCCCAUGACGCCCCGGCCGAUGCCACUCCAGCGGACUCUUUUCUCUGCCUUCUGCAGCUGGCCUGUUGGAUGCCUCCCUGGCGAGGCAACAAGGCGCCACCAUGGAGAGCGGUGAUGGAGGCCACACUGCGCUUCCACAUGUGCCUUUGGCUAAUGCCGGCCUGGAUCCCUUUGCUGCUGCCAAACGGAGUUGCCUGGGGGGCAAAAUUGGGGCCUGGGACAGAGUCUGCCACUGGGGGACCCCCGUGUCCCGGGAGGAUGACCUGGGCAGUACAUUUGAGUGGGCUGGAGGGCUCUCAUCCCUCCGAGGAGGAGCUGGACUGGCAAGCGGACAGACUGGCCAAGGAAGCUGGACUUGUGAACAUGGGCCGUGUCGGGGAGCUCCGGGGCCACUACCUCCUUGGCUAUCAAGUGGCUGGCCAGGGUGUGGACCAGGGCCUUGAGGCCAUCCAGCAGUCUGUGGAGGCAGUGUUGGCACAGCAUGGCAGAGUGAGGUGGCACGCGGAGCAGAGGCUCCUGAAGCGAUCCAAGCGCAGCCUGAUAUUCAAUGACCCUAAAUACCCUCAGCAGUGGCAUCUGAACAACCGCAAGAGUCCCGGAAUGGACAUCAAUGUGACAGGCGUGUGGGAGAGGAACGUGACAGGCCAGGGCGUGACAGUGGUGGUUGUGGAUGAUGGCGUGGAGCACACCAUUGAGGACAUCCAGCCCAACUACAGCCCUGAAGGUAGUUAUGACUUGAACUCCAAUGAUCCAGAUCCCAUGCCUCAUCCGGAUGAGGAAAACGGCAACCACCAUGGGACACGGUGCGCUGGGGAAAUUGCAGCUGUCUCCAACAACAGCUUCUGCGCAGUGGGUGUUGCCUACGGGAGCCGGAUCGCAGGGAUCCGUGUGCUCGACGGGCCACUCACGGACAGCAUGGAGGCUGUUGCUUUCAACAAGCAUUACCAGAUCAAUGAUAUCUACAGCUGCAGCUGGGGUCCAGAUGAUGAUGGCAAAACUGUGGAUGGUCCUCACCAGCUUGGAAAGGCCGCCUUGCAGCAUGGUGUGAUGGCUGGCCGUCGGGGCUUUGGCAGCAUUUUUGUGGUGGCCAGUGGCAAUGGAGGGCACCACAAUGACAACUGCAACUAUGAUGGCUAUGCCAACUCCAUCUACACUGUCACCAUAGGUGCUGUGGAUGAGAUGGGCUACAUGCCUUUCUAUGCCGAGGAGUGUGCCUCCAUGCUGGCUGUGACGUUUAGCGGUGGUGACAAACUCAUGAGGAGCAUUGCCACCACAGACUGGGAUUUGCAGAGGGGCACUGGAUGCACCGAGGGGCAUACAGGGACCUCGGCUGCUGCCCCAUUGGCCGCUGGCAUGAUCGCCCUCAUGCUUCAAGUGCGGCCUUGCCUUACCUGGCGGGAUGUCCAGCACCUCAUUGUCUUCACAGCCACCAAGUAUGAAGACCAUCGCGCCAGCUGGGACACCAACAGUGCUGGACUCAGCCACAGUCACCAGCAUGGAUUUGGCUUGCUGAACGCCUGGAGAUUAGUCAACGCAGCCAAGGGUGGGAGGAGGCAGCAUAUUUUUUUAAUGGCAAAUGCCCCAUACUGUCCAUAUGGGCAGCUUGGUGCCAGGAUGGCAGUUGUGGGAGCAUGGUGUGGAGUGCACGUUUUCCUCUUUCCUCCCCUCUCAGUCACCGAAGCAGACUUGGACCUAUCCGGCAUGAGGACCCUGGAGCACGUGGCUGUGAUGGUCACCAUCACCCACCCUCGCCGGGGGAACCUGGACAUCCGUUUAGUCUGCCCCAGUGGCAUGAAGUCUCUGAUUGGCACUCCCCGCAGCAUGGACUCAGACCCUGGUGGCUUUGUGGACUGGACCUUCUCCACUGUGCGUUGCUGGGGUGAGGAAGCCCAAGGCAUCUACCGGCUCUGGAUCCGUGAUGUGGGGGAUGAGGUCCUGAGAGCUGGCGUGCUCAAGCAAUGGCAGCUGACGCUCUAUGGAUCCGCCUGGGCCCCCAGUGAGAUCAAGGGGCGGCAGAGGCUGCUGGAGGAGGCCAUGAGUGGCCGAUACCUGGACAGCAGCUUCUCCUUGCCUUGCCCACCUGGCCUUCAAAUCCCAGAAGAAGAGGUCUACACCAUCACCACCAACACUCUCAAGACCCUGAUGCUGCUGGGCUGCUUUGCUGUCUUCUGGACCUUCUACUACAUGCUCGAGGUCUUCCUGACUCGCCAUCACAGCAGGGCCUUGGACCUAGGGGCCUGCAGAGGGUCCCCUCCCUGCCGUUGGUAUGCAGAAGGAAGGACUGCCACCAGCCUGGAGGAUGGGAUAGAAAUGGAGGAGACCCUUCCCUUGUAUGGCAGAAAGGAGGUGGAGACGGAGACACAGCAACUCCUGCCUUGCCAGGAUGGCCCUGAGGAAGAUGAGGAGGACAAAGACCUCCUGAGCACUGGAGGCAUCGAAGGCCUUGCUCAGGAACAGUUCACUGAACCUUCUGCAGCAGGAGCAGUCUACCUCACUCAUGGCUUACUGACAGCUGACCAAGAGCUCCAGGCCUGCUGAUGGACCAGCAUUAUGUGCCUCGCCUUUGGCUGUUUGUGUCCAUGGCUUAGAACUCAAACGAAGGAUACAACCAAAUCCAGUGUCUCUGGGGUAAUGCCAUGGCCUUCUCCCAGGUUAUUGCCUACCUUGCAAGGGCAAGGGGCUGCUGGCCAUGUGCUCUCCCUAGCCCCCAACAUCCAAGUCUCUCUCUGGCUUGGCAUAGCUGCCAGAACGCACUUGAGGGGGACUCGCUGGAGGGGAGUCAACCUCCCCCCCCUCCCCAAGGAAGGCAACAGGGAGAGAACCUUGCACAGCUGGAACAAAGGAGUAGCCAUAGCCCCAGUCCUGGGGUUGGUCUGCCUCAAGAGGUGGGGUGGGAAGACAGGGCACGGUGGAAGUGUGGCCCUCCAGAGCCCUUGUUUGCACCCACACACACAAGUGCACGCACAUUCACACACUAACCUUGGGGAGCUGCCGAGAGGAGCCCCUCUCUCUGGCAAGUCCUGCUGCCUUAUCCUGCUGCCUGCUGGAAAUCCUUGCACUCGAGGGGAGCCGCAGAUCCUGGGCUGUCCACCAUGAGGCCUUGGUGGCAGCUCCUCUCUGGAGCUCUGGUUCUCAUUGCUGCCUUUUCUUUGCACUUGGUGCUUCUCUCCUCCCUUGAGUUGCUUGCUUGCUGGUCCCGCAGUGGCCAGCAGAUGGGGAGAGGGCUAGCACAGGCAGGGUAGCACGGCCAAAGCCAAGGUGGGCAUCCACAGGCCUGCCUUUCUGUACUGAUGUCUGAUGCAGGAGGACUGGGGGGGGGGGUUCAUGCGCUGAGGGUCGCAUCAGCAACCAAGACAGCUCUGGGCCCUGAGAUUGUGUUGCUGAAUGAGCCUCUCCUUUUUUCUUUGCUGAAGGAGAUAGAUUUGGGUUUUUCAUUCUCUGUGAGGCUGAAGAGAUGGUGGGCCCUUCGUCCUCUCUCCCAAAGUCACUGUCAUCAAGCUUGGGGAUUAUUAUUUUUUUUAAUUUGCAUUUUUUAAAAUAAAAAAAGUUAACAGCAGAACCUUUUUCUUUGCAGCUUUCCAAAAUAAACCCAUUCAAACCAAA